GUAAACAAUAAGCACGAAGCACGUGCGGAAAUUUAUAAUUUUAUUUUUAGCCUCUAUAUUUGUUGUGAAUGUGAAAUUUUGACAAUGACGUCGAAAACGAAAAAAAUCGAAUUUAAAGAGAAUUUUGAAAUUUUCAAGUCUUUUGGAGCUUUUUACACUGGAGGACCAAUUCAGUUCACCAAAGAUGGACUCAAAAUCUUAAGUUUGUGCCAAGAGACAUUAAAAUCAUUUGAAAUAGAAAAAGCAGUAACAACUGAUGUCAUUGAAAAAAUCAAUGAUGAAGAUAUCUCUGCAUUUCUUUUGGCAGAUGAUGAUGAAACAUUGGUUACAGCUGCAAAAAGUGGGAUUAUGAGACAUUAUAGUUUUUCAUCCAAGACUCUGAAAAAGACAUGGAAGUCUCUUCAUAUUGGCCCUGUAUCUUGCAUGGCAUUCGAUUCAACUGUUACUCUGUUAGCUACUGGUGGAACUGAUUCAACAAUAAAAGUUUGGGACAUUAUUAGGAAAUACUACACUCACAAUCUGAAAGGUGGAAAAGGAGUCUACAGUAAAGUUUGUUUUCAAGUGCUUGAAACUGAGCUUUAUUUAUUUGGAGCUGCUGAUGAUUAUCUGAUACAUGUAUGGAAAUUGAGUACUGGUGAAUCUGUUGCUUCUUUGGAAGGCCAUUACAGCACUGUAAAUGAAAUUGUUUUUACUAGAAAUAAUACUAUGAUAAGCUCCGGAAGAGAUAAAGUUGUUCUACUAUGGAGUACAUCAGAUUUCAAGCUUUUAAGAACUAUUCCAGUAUAUGAAACAGUGGAAGCAUGUAUUCUAGCACCUGCAGAUUUAAAACUAGAAGGAGCUUCAUUUAAUUCGGAAGAUACAUAUUUCAUUACAGCUGGUGAUAAGGGAGUUCUUAAAGUUUGGAGCACAUUAAGUGGCAACUGCAUUUAUAGCCAAUCAGAUUCCAUUAUAUCUCUUCCAGAAGAUUCAAAUUAUGAUGGGCCUUUAAUAAAGCAGGCAAUAUAUGUUUCAGCUUUGGAAGCCAUUGCUGUCACCACUUUUGACCAUAAUAUCAUUCUAUAUAGCUUAAGUAAUUUUUCUUUAAAAAAGCAGUUUGUAGGUUACAAUGAUGAUAUUUUGAGCAUCAAGUUCUUAGGAGAAGGAGAGAAAUUAGCAGUAGCUACUAACAGCACCCAUAUAAAAAUAUUAGACUUCCCGUCGUUUAACUGCCGCGUAUUGAAAGGUCAUUUGGAUAUUGUUUUAGCUUUAGAUGUAUUUCCAAAGCAUAAAUCUCUAUUAGUUAGUGCUUCAAAGGAUAACAAUGUGAAAGUUUGGUUCAUGGAUUCUGAAUUGUCUAUCACCAGAGUUUAUACUGGCUAUGGUCACACUGCUUCCGUCACUGCUGUUUCAUGCUGCAGAGGAAAAGGGAGAUUUUUUGCAACUGGUUCUGAAGAUACUACUCUCAAGUUGUGGGAAGUUCCUAAGCGUAAACCUUCAGUUGCAUUAAAGUUAUUAUUGGCACCAUAUUUGACUGUAAAAGCUCACGAUAAGAAUAUUAAUUCCAUUGAUAUAUCAGAAAAUGAUAAAUUAAUUGCAACUGGUUCGCAAGAUCAUACAGCCAAAAUUUGGGAUGUUUCAGAUUUAUCACUUGUUGCUACUCUAAGGGGACAUAAGAAAGGAGUAUGGUGUGUAAAUUUCUCUCCAGUAGAUCUAGCAGUAGCCACUUCAUCUGGAGAUGAAACUAUUAGAAUAUGGUCCUUGAGUGAUUUUUCUUGCUUAAAAGUCUUUGAAGGCCAUGAAGCUUCUGUUCUUCAAAUUAUGUUUUUAACUCGAGGAACACAGCUAAUUUCAAGUGCAUCUGAUGGAAAUAUUAAGUUGUGGGAUAUAAAAAAUAACAUGUGCAUCAAAACAUUAUCUGAACACACUGAUAAAGUUUGGACUUUAGCGUCAUCAUCAAGUGAAAAUUACAUUGUUUCUGGUGGUGCUGAUUCAAACAUUAUUAUAUGGGAGGAUACAACAGAAAUUGAAAAAGAAAAAACAGUUGCGCAGUCGGAAGAAUUUAUCAUGCAGGAGCAAAAUCUGUUAAAUUAUGUCAAAGAAGAAAAUUGGUCUAAAGCUUUAAGUUAUGCGAUUACACUAGAAAAACCUCACCUUGCUUAUACUAUUAUUGAAGAAAUUUUGCUUCAAAUGAAGGGUGAAUGUGCUUUUGAAGAAAUUUUUUCAAACAUGCGAUCUGACCAAAGAGAAACCCUGCUAAAAUUUUCUUCUGAAUGGAUAACUAAUGCAAAAUAUUGCUAUGCUGCUGUGUUGAUACUUAAUCUUUUCUUCCGACUGCAUGAUUUCCAAGAACUAUCAAACUUGUCAAACAUUUCAUUUCAGAUUAGAGAUUUUCUUCCAUAUUUAGACAGGCAUUACAAGAGAUUACUGAAACGAUGUCAGGACAUGCAAAUCAUUAAUUUUUUACACAAGCAAAUGACAGGGUUAAAUACUCCAACAGUUAGAAAUAACUCUCCUGAAGUUAAUCAAGAACUUGAAAAUACCAAUUGUAAAAGAGCUAUGGAACCACCUAGUGAUGAAAUUAAAAAAAAGAAAAAAAAAGCUAAUUUAAAAUGAUGAAAGUGAUCCUUUUCAGCAAUAUGUUG